AUGGAACCCGUGGAAGCUUAUCAAAAUAGAAGAGAGAGUCAAACUCUUCAGGAACUUUCUCUGCUAGAAGGCGAUGUCCAUGCUAUCCACUUAGAGGGACUUCUUAUCAGAGAGAGAAUCCUUGGACCGGACAAUAUAGGAUUGAGAUACCCGAUAAGAUACCGAGGAGCUGUUUCAGCUGAAUCUAAGGAGUACGAGCCGUGUUUUGCUUUGUGGACACGAGCGAUGGAAAUAGCCAUGAGCUGCGAUGUUCCAAAGACAUACGACCUUGAGAAGUUCACAGUUUUAUUUGCAAUUAUGGGUGAAGAAGCUGGAAGUGUAGCUGCUGAGGGAAGAAGAGCAAGAUUUGUUUCUACGACAGAAAAAGGCGUAAAUGACAAUAUUAAAGAGGAAACUGCGCGGAAGGAAAUGUCUGGACAACUGAGGGAGUUGACACAGCAACUGGAAAACAUUCAAGAGCAACUAAGAAAGAGAGAUAGACAAUUAGGAGACAGAGAUGGACAACUGAGGGAGAUGACACAGCAGUUGACAAAUGCCCAGAGGCAGCUACAAGAAAGAGAGGAACAACUAAGAGACAGAGAUGGACAAGUACGAGAGAGAGAGAUGGACAACUUAGAGAGAGAGAUGAUCAAGUUAGCGAGAUGA